AUGAGAUCCCAAAAUCCCAGACCCCAGACCCCAUAUCCCAGACCCCAGGAUCCCAAAAUCCCAGACGCUAGAUCCCAGACGCCAGAUCCCAGACCCCAGACGCCAGACGCCAGAUCCCAGGACCCCAGAUCCCAGACGCCAGACGCCAGAUCCCAGGACCCCAGAUCCCAGACGUUAGACGCCAGAUCCCAGGACCCCAGAUCCCAGACGCCAGACCCCAGACGCCAAGAUCCCAGACCCCAGACUCCAGACCCCAGACCCCAGACGCCAGACGCCAGAUCCCAGGACCCCAUAUCCCAAAUCCCAGACCCCAGAGAUAUCAGAAACAUAUACAUUCUAGACCCCGAGCCUUAG